AUGAUACAUCAGGAAAUUGAGUUUCUCGACGAUCGUCAUUUAUGGGGAGCAUCUCUGUCAAAGCAAGGGUCCACUGGUUUUCCAGCUUUCGAUGUCAAUAAGUCAUCAACUUUACGUCGUGGUAUAGUUGGUUCGUCAUCAAUGCUUUUGAGACCAUUGCCAGCACUGCCGUCACAUUCUCUAGACGGGGUACCUGUACAGGAAAGUGCUGUAACUCCAACCGAUAAGAUGUCUACCUUACAGGAGAGGUACCGAAGAUACCAGGAAGCUAUGCGAGUUCAGGAUGCGAAUCGGCGCAGACAAUUACCCAUAGAUUUGAAUAUGAAUCGAGAAAGCUUCAGUCCUAGGCCAAUGAGCAUGAGUGGCUCACGGCAAGCGUCAUCACCACAGCUCGGACGAGCCAUGAUGCAAUCGGCGAGUGUUUGCGACUUGAGCACAUCUAAUAUUUGGAAUGCCGGAUUGCAACAGACACAAUCAGUAGCUCAGAUUGGAAACCAGAUGAUGUGGUAUCCUCCAUCGAAUACUUGGGACGGGCAUAAUCCAUUGAUGGGGGGUUCAAACCUGAAUUUGAGUCAAGUGCCUAUGUGGUCGAAUCACCCCAUGGGAUACAGACUGCCAGGUUCACAACUCUUGCCAAUUCCAUACUCAAGUUCCCGUUGUCACAGCCCGGCACGUAGUCUCAAAUCCGGGAGGCGCUCUAAAGUAUCAUCGCCCUCGCCAAGUCUUAAAUCCCGUAAAUCCACAGCCUCGACACUUUCGAGAAGGCGCCGUUCUCCAAAUUCGCCGUCAGAUGCCUCUUCUGAAAAUUCAGACGAAUCGGAUUUUGACGACAGGAUGUCCAGAAGCUCGCGGCAGCACAUUAGCAGGAGAAAUAGUGUGAGCAGUGUAAAAGGCUCUAGGUCCAGAGCUUACCAUCAAGAUGAACUUAUCAGAAGUAGACGAAAUUGGCGUUCAGAGGAUAGGAUAAGCAGUAUGGAGGAACAGUGGAUCGCAAAUCAUUUUUCAGUGAAUGGCAAUCACGGCUCCCGAAAUUCCGUGAUUGAAGACGACAAGCGCUCGUUGAGCUCUUCUCGUCGCGCCUGCGAUGAAGAUCAAAGUCCUCGAUUUCACCGAAUCGAUAGUCUUCAUGGACGCAGUGGACAGAGCACCGACGACUCUACUAACGGACAUCACAGCUAUCGCCAGCAGCAACAGGAGUUGAAUAAUAAUAAUCGGAGGCUUAAGGUAAUGAGUUCAUCAGAUGACUACGUAGACAGAAAGCUACACGAUCGACGUGGAUCACUGCCGAGGUCGGCGUCUCGAGCAUUAAGAGAUCCCGAUCUUGAAAAGAUCGAACUGAGAAACGAUAAGCGGAAGUGUGGUUUUAACAGUGCUGAUAGAUUCUCAUCUUAUGAGGACUCCAACGGGAUUAAUCAACGUACCGGAAUUCCGAGAUGCCAAGCUAGUGAUAAGUAUGAAAAGCAAGACACAUCGUCACUAUCACCGAGUUCUCGACGAGUUCCUGUAUCUCUAACACUGGACACGCCUCGGAUUGUAGAUAAAUCGUCACGAUUGUCCCCAACACAGGAGAUAUGGUCUAAGAUAGCUGAUAAUUUUUCACGUUCAUCGACGCCCGACAGACGGUUGAUAAUCCAAGGAGAGCGGCAAAUAUCAUUGAUGAACGAGCAAAAAUUGAUCGAUGAGAAUACCAAUCUCAUUUUGAAGGUGAUAAAGGAUGAGUGGCCAUGCGAGCAUUGUACCUUUCUCAAUGAUCCACAGGACAAAAUUUGCGCGGUGUGCUGUAAAACUAAGAGCAGUGAACUACCACCACCCCCAGAAGACCAGAAAGAAAACGAAUCACUGAACAGUCUUGUUAGCUUACAAAUCGGUGCCAAUGGUGAAACUAGGGGUCAUAAGACUCAAGAAAAUCAGGAAAAACAGUCUAAAGUCUUAGAGAUGAUAAAUAAUGCUCAGCAGCUAAAGGUAAAGAACACAACCGUUUCUACGGGUACCUCACCGCCUCCACAAACCAUUUCAACACAAACUUACGAAGAUGCCAAUAUUAUAAAAGAAAGAGCUGGAUCUUUAGCUCCGUCGAAAUGCUUAAUAAGAUACGACGAUAACGAUUCAGAAGAGCCGAGUCAAUCCCAUUACAUUGAAACCGGCGGAAAUUCUAUCCUUCAAAGUCUAACCCGCCAGGGUCUCGAGCUUGUGGAAAUGUUACGGGAAGCCGAGCACCGAGGCUUCUCCGCUGAUGACAUCCAGGUGGCUUUGGCACAUGACCCAAGCAAUCCUCUAAACUGGCUUCGCAGUGAAUGGUCUCACCUUGUAGAGACUGUACAACUGCUAACGAUGUCGCGGGGUAAGGAUUUAGCCGAGGUCGACAACAUCGGAGCAAUUAGUGUUCAGGAGGCCAAGGAGGCUCUCAGGAAUUCUAUGGGUGAUGUAUGGACCGCCGUUUCCUGCGCUAUUCAGAUACGGCAGAAGAAGUGUCAAAGUAUAAUGACUAAAGGAAUUUUUACUUUAAAUAGCGUUGUUACUGCCCUCGAUAAUAAUUUUGGUAAUGAAGAAGCAGCAUUACUAGAAUUACAGAAGAAUCAAUUGAAACCAUUUUUAAUGAGAAUUUGGGGACCUCCAUCAGGGAUAGAAAAUGAGGAGGCUGCACCACUUGAAGCAGAAACGAUAAUGAACGAUAUCGCAGUUGCCGACACUACACAACAACAGGAUCAAAGCAUUAAUAAUCAUUUAGAAAUGGAGGCAAAGAAACAGAGGGUCGCUCGACGAUUGCUGAUCGAGGGCAAAGUUUCAAAUUACGGGGAAGCCGAAAUAGCGACGAGUCUACUUGGACUUAAGUUUAGCAUCACAGACGCGCUUGAUGCGGCAAAACAGUGCGCAAACGUCGAGGCUGCGUUGGUCUUUCUUCAACAGGAAUGUGAACUGUGCACUGGCCGAUAUCCCAUGAAUCAAAUGAUGUCAAUGUUGAGAUGUGUGCAUCGGUGCUGUAAUGACUGCGCCAAAAGUUAUUUUACAAUUCAAAUAAGUGACCGAAAUAUCACCGAUGCGGUCUGUCCAUUCUGCAAGGAACCAAAUUUAGGCGAAGCGACCGAGGACGAAGUCCUAGAGUACUUUAGUAACCUUGAUAUACAGCUGAAGUCAUUGCUACAUCCGCCGAUACAUGAGUUAUUCCAACGUAAACUUAGGGAUCGUACUCUCAUGCAAGACCCAAACUUCAAGUGGUGUAUUCAGUGUUCAAGUGGAUUUUAUGCAGAACCUAAUCAUAUAAGACUAAUUUGUCCAGACUGUGGAUCAGUUACAUGUGCUUUUUGCCGAAAAUCGUGGGAGAAACAACACGAGGGUAUUAGUUGCGAGCAAUUUGCUGUAUGGAAGGUCGAGAAUGAUCCAGAUAACCAGGCUAAGGGAUUAGCGCAGCAUUUAGCGGAUAAUGGAAUCGAUUGUCCAAAAUGUAAAUUCAAAUAUUCUUUAUCUCGCGGAGGUUGCAUGCACUUCACGUGCAGCCAGUGCAAGUACGAAUUUUGUUGUGGCUGUGGCAUGAGAUUCGUAAUGGGAAUCAAAUGUGGUGUGAGCAGCUAUUGCGCUAAACUAGGGCUUCACGCUCACCAUCCCCGAAAUUGUCUCUUCUAUCUACGUGAUAAGGAGCCAGUCCAGCUCCAGCAAUUGCUCCAGAACAAUGGUGUUGACUAUGACAGCUGCGAUCCAGUUGGUCAGCGGCGUUGUGCUAUGCAGUUGCAGAAGGAGACGCCUGCAGGUGUUGUCGAUACCAUCUGUAACGCCGACGUUAUUGAGGGACAUGCUGGAUUGUGCAGGCAGCACUACAUUGAGUACCUGGCGGGUCUGGUGCUCAAGAAAAGGCUGGAUCCUGUGGCGAUCUUCGAUUUGAACGACGCCAAGCAGGAGUUGCGCCGUCGGGGAAAAGUGCCACCUGCUAAGAGCCCGGAAAUGUCCGAGCAAGAUUACCUCGAUGCCUGCAUUCAGAUUGUACAGAAGGAAAUACCAUUGGAAUAGUAAAACAAAAAUUCAAGAAUAAUUUGUAAUACCAUGAAACUAAUGUGGGUUUGUAGUUGUGUA